AUGAUUUCUGCCAGACUUGAACUGGCGGCCUUCUGCGUGUUAAGCAGAUGUGAUAACCGACUACACCAAGAAACCACCUUUUCUUUCGCUUCUCCAUCACUUUUAUUAGGGCAAAUUUUUUUCCGCGAGGAUAAACGUUCUCCCGAGCUACACGUGACAGUUACAGAAGACCUUUACAACUCAACAGCACCUACCUUUGAAUUUCUCCCUCAAACAGAAGUCUUCAAGUCCACAACUCCUGCAGCAAAGUCGCACGACGAAUUAGACCAUCCAGUCUCAACUGAACCGUCCACCGACACCACCUCGCUCGAUCCAUUCACUCAGGACACCCUAACUGACAACCCAGUUACCAGAUCCUGCAAGCGUAAACACAGCCUAACCACUACGGAUAGCUUACCAUCGAAAGUUAUCAAAAUGAGAAACCCAAAGGACAAAAUCCCUGAAAAGGACAUCUUGAAAAAGCGAAUCACAACCACAACAACCACCCCCAGCUCGGUUAAGAAAUCAGCAAGUGGUACGUCACUGUUGCCCAAACCAACUGCACGUAACACAGCCACCGACAAGCUGCAACGCACGGUCGAGGAAGCAAACAACAAUGCAGGAAGAUCAGCAUAG